GUAGGAUCUGCUUGGAAAUUACUACUCCGCAGAGUUCGUUGACCUUAUUCUGAGCCUGCGCUCUACGGAGCUUACCCAGAAAACCCCAAUUUGUCCGUUCUCCAAGAUGGCCGCCGGUCUGUGCCGUGUUUCCCUGCUCCGACUUUCAAGAACGUUUUCUCCCGGAGCAAACCCUGCUCUGAGCAUCCAGACAUGGCGUUGUGCGUCCACACGCGCCUCGUACGGUCAGACCCUCCUCAACGUGCCGGAGACUAAGGUGACCACGCUGGACAAUGGCUUCAGGGUGGCCAGCGAGGACUCUGGCCUGCCCACCUGCACGGUCGGGCUGUGGAUCGACGCAGGCAGCAGGUACGAGAACCAGCGCAACAACGGAACGGCUCACUUCCUGGAGCACAUGGCGUUCAAGGGUACCAAGAACCGAUCCCAGAUGGACCUAGAACUGGAAGUAGAGAACAUGGGAGCCCACCUGAACGCCUACACCUCCCGGGAACAGACUGUCUACUACGCCAAGAGCUUCUCUAGUGACCUGGGAAAAGCUGUGGAUGUUCUGUCGGACAUCAUCCAGAACAGCACCCUGGGUGAGGCGGAGAUCGAGCGCGAGCGGGGCGUGAUCCUGCGUGAGAUGCAGGAAGUGGAGACCAACCUACAGGAGGUCGUGUUUGACCACCUGCACGCCACCGCGUACCAGGGCACCGCACUGGGGCGUACCAUUCUGGGACCCACGGAGAACAUCAAGUCUAUCAACCGUCAGGACCUGGUAGACUACAUCAGUACUCACUACAAGGGCCCACGUAUUGUACUGGCCGCAGCAGGAGGUGUAAACCACGAUGAGUUGGUGAAGCUAGCAGAUAAGUACUUUGGCCAGCUGAGUAUGUCGUACGAGGGCCAGGCACCGCCCGUCCUACCUCCCUGCAGAUACACAGGCAGUGAGAUCAGAGUAAGGGAUGACAAGAUGCCUUUUGCCCACAUAGCCAUUGCUGUUGAGGGAGUCGGCUGGUCUCACCCUGAUACAAUCCCCCUGAUGGUGGCAAACACAUUGAUAGGCAGCUGGGACCGUUCCUAUGGAGGAGGAAACAACCUGUCCAGUAAGCUGGCCCAGGCAGCCUCGGAGGGGAAUGUUUGUCACAGCUUCCAGUCCUUCAACACCUGCUACACAGACACUGGUCUCUGGGGCAUCUACUUUGUGUGUGAUGGCAUGACCAUUGAGGACAUGACCUUCCACGUCCAGAAUGAAUGGAUGCGCCUGUGCACCAGUGUGACAGAAGGUGAGGUCCAACGUGCUAAAAACCUCCUGAAGACUAACAUGCUGCUGCAGCUGGACGGCUCCACCCCUAUCUGCGAGGACGUGGGGCGGCAGAUGCUCUGCUACGGGCGCAGGAUCCCGCUCCACGAGCUGGACGCACGCAUCGACAGCAUCACAGCCAGCACUAUCCGUGACGUCUGCACCAAGUACAUCUACGACAAAUGCCCUGCAGUAGCAGCUGUUGGUCCUGUUGAACAGCUCCCUGACUACAACAGGCUACGAGGAGGCAUGUACUGGCUACGGUGGUAACGUCACACAGCGUCAGGGGAGAUCAGAUUAUCCAAUAGUAUUAUCUGUCAUUGUUGAAGAAAUUGUCUCAUACAAAAUGUCCACUCCAAGUUCAAAAUACAAACCAUAGACUCCAUAUAGUCACAUUGGUGACUGGCCUCAAAAAGUUAUAAAAUCUAGACCGUAAGCAGUUGUUCUUAGUCUAACUCGAGUGUCAAACUGUGUUAAAGUAUGGUCAAAGAACUCAUGAUGCUGGUCCUCAAAACCCUGUUUAACAUGUAGAUAUUCAUCAAAAAUUUAUUGCUGUGAGAAUUGAAGUCCCCAUGUAAUAUGUUUGGAGCUCUGUCAGCAGAAAAUGGCGUUUUGGAUCAUAAUUAUCCUUGAUUUCGUAGUCCAGUUUGGAGAUACAUCCCUUGCUUGCUUGGUCUUUAACAUACAUGUACUGUUGUCCAUAUCAAAUUUGCUACAUCUACUGAAGCCACUUGAACUGGAAAUAAAAGUUUUAUCACUUUA